ACACUGGCUUUCAAACAGCUGACAAUGGGAAAUUGUGCAAUAGCCACACGGCAUGCUUAUCUUUUGUAAAUAUUAUAAAUAAGACAAUAUUUAGUGAAAAAAAUGAGCCGCUUAAAAGUAAAAAGCAUCCUUGCAAUCGGCGCCACAGCCCUUGGCGCCUUCUAUCUGGGUUCAUAUACAGAACGCCAUCAGAGCGGCAACAAUGAAUAUGAACACCGAAAACUACCACGUCUACCUGGACUUCCAGUGUUUGGAACUGUUUCCGCCGCCACGCUGAUGCCCGCAAACGAGGUAAACCUGACCGCCCAGCCCUCACGCAUAGCACAGAUCAUGAAGUAUGGUUUUCCCGGCCUAGAUAAUGUCCGCUCCCACUCGGACUAUGUGCUCUCCUAUGACAGACGCAAUCGUGUACCCCACUGGGUGUUCGAGCAUCUGACUGCGGAAUCUGUGGCCAAGAACGACCAAGUGGACCGCGCCAAAUGUGACUUUAGGCCGGAUGAGAGCAUUCAUCCAUAUUUUCGCGCGCAAAACACCGACUACCGGCGCUCCGGCUACGAUCGUGGCCACAUGGCGGCAGCGGCCAACCAUCGACUGCAUCAGAAGCAUUGCGACGACACGUUUCUGCUGUCCAACAUGGCGCCACAAGUGGGCCAGGGCUUCAAUCGUGAUGCCUGGAACAAUCUUGAGAUUCAUGUGCGCAAACUGACCAACAUCUACAGGAAUGUCUACGUUUGCACGGGCCCGCUAUACCUGCCGCACAAGGAGAACGACGGCAAGACAUAUAUCAAAUACGAGGUGAUCGGUGCCAAUACGGUCGCCGUGCCCACGCACUUUUACAAGGUGAUUGUGGGUGAGGCGGCGGACCAGAGGCUGCACAUGGAGGCAUAUGUGAUGCCCAACCAGGUGAUUAGCAACGAUACCCCGCUGCAGGUGUUCCAAGUGCCGCCCGAGACAGUGGAGCGAGCAGCAGGCUUGCUAUUCUUCGAUCAGCUCAACCGGAAACAGCUGGCGAGCAUUAAUGGAAAAAAGGUUUAAAUCCCUAGUUUUCUUGAAUGUUAAGUAAAUUGUAUUUUAGUUGUUUUGGAUUGUGUUCAUUAAUAAAAGUAAACAAUACAGAAUAAAGUACAAAUAUAAAUGCUGA